UUUUCUUCCAUUUUUUAAUUCUUUUUUAUUUUCUUCCUCCGUUUCUGGUUACCCCGAUUUUCUAUUCCCUUUUACUUUCCUUUGUUUUUUUACUUCCGUCUAUAUAAUUUUCUGCUGUUUGUACGGCGAAAAACUAGAAGGGAUGCAGCAGCAAAGGUUGAAGCAGCAGCAGCAGCUAGCGCUAAUGCAGCAGUCCCUUUACCAUCCGGGUCUCCUCGCUCCUCCUCAGAUAGAACCUAUCCUGAGUGGGAAUUUGCCUCCUGGAUUCGACUCAAGCACAUGCCGCAGUGUGUAUGUUGGAAAUAUCCACCCUCAAGUUACUGAACCUCUUCUUCAGGAGGUUUUCUCAGGCACAGGUCCUCUUGAAGGUUGCAAGCUCAUUCGGAAAGAAAAGUCAUCCUAUGGUUUUGUGGAUUACUUUGAUCGUCGAUCAGCUACACUGGCCAUAGUGAGUCUUAAUGGCAGGCAUUUGUUUGGUCAGCCAAUUAAAGUCAACUGGGCAUAUGCUAGUGCUCAGCGCGAGGACACAUCAAAUCAUUUCAACAUAUUUGUUGGCGAUCUUAGCCCAGAGGUUACUGAUGCUACCUUACAUGCAUGCUUCUCUGUAUAUCCUACUUGCUCAGAUGCUAGGGUAAUGUGGGACCAGAAGAGUGGCCGCUCAAGGGGUUUUGGAUUUGUUUCUUUUCGCAGUCAGCAGGAUGCUCAAAGUUCAAUAAAUGACUUGAAUGGGAAGUGGCUUGGAAGCAGACAAAUUCGCUGCAAUUGGGCGGCAAAAGGUGCUGGUCAAGGCGAUGAGCAGCAGAAUCCUGAUUCAAAAAAUGUUGUGGAACUAACCAAUGGAGCAUCUGAUGACGGCCUAGAAAAACAGAAUGAAGAUGCUCCAGAGAAUAAUCCACAGUAUACAACUGUUUAUGUUGGAAAUCUUGCUCCUGAAGUCACAUCAGUGGAUCUCCACCGUCAUUUCCAUGCACUUGGAGUUGGAGUGAUUGAAGAUGUCCGCAUUCAGAGAGACAAAGGUUUUGGGUUCAUAAGGUACAGCAGCCACGCUGAAGCUGCUCAUGCCAUCCAGGUGGGAAAUGCUCGCAUUCUUUUCGGCAAGCCAGUUAAGUGCUCGUGGGGUAGCAAGCCCACCCCUCCUGGGACGAGCUCAAACCCUCUGCCUCCACCAGCAGUAGCGCACAUGCCUGGUUUCACAGCUGCUGACCUGGUGGCCUACGAACGACAGAUUGCACUGAAUAAACUAGGAGCUGCUCAAGCCCUGAUGAAUUCGCAGGCCCACCGUCUUGGUGCCGCUGCCCAGCAUAUGUACGAUGGUGGGUAUUCGAACGUGGCUACAAACCAGCAACCUCUCUAUUAUCAGCAAUAAACAGGCGCAGCUUCAAGUUUUUAUAUGUUUUUACCCUUUUUCUCCUUUGCCUCGGUCUCGGUCUCUGUCUGUGUAAUUAGGUUAAUUAACGCUCUGUUUCAAACCAAAUAGAGAUUCUUGUAUACAUAUUUUUCCCCAUCACACUUGUAGCCCAUUAUUAUGUUUUCAUGUUUUUCUUUUCCCAACUAUAGAAAAUAUUUGAAUUUUUAGUCUUUUA